UGAGAUAUUUGUCCAUGGUGAUUUGAAAUGGGAUAUUUUUCAAGUCAUGAUUUCCAGAUCAACUACACCAGACCUCAUCAAAAUAGGAAUGAAGCUCCAGGAAUUCUUUACUCAGCAGUUUGAUACAAGCAAAAGGGCUCUGUCCACGUGGGGACCUGUACCAUACCUUCCUCCCAAAACUGUUGUCAAUACUGUAGAGAAAAAUUCACAACAGCAAUUACUGGAUGCAGCACAUCAUCGCCACUGGCCAGGAGUUUUAAAGGUGGUGUCAGGGUGCCACAUAUCCUUAUUUCAGUUUCCCUUACCAGAAGAUGGAAUGCAGUUUGGAGGUUCUAUGAGCUUGCAUGGAAAUCACAUGACUUUGGCAUGUUUCCAUGGACCUAAUUUUCGUUCAAAAUCAUGGGCUCUGUUUCAUCUUGAAGAACCUAAUAUUGCGUUUUGGACUGAAGCACAAAAAAUAUGGCAAGAAGGAUCCAGCGAACAUUCUACAUAUGUUGUGCAAACGCUAGACUUCCAUUUGGGUCACAAUACUAUGGUAACAAAACCAUGUGGUGCCCUACAAAGUCCUAUGGCAACAAUUACUAAGAUAACAAGGAGACGUCAUGAAAAUCCACCACAUGGAGUUGCAAGCGUAAAGGAAUGGUUCAAUUAUGUUACAGCUACACGAAAUGAAGAGUUAAAUCUUCUCAGAAAUGUUGACGCAAACAAUCCAGAGAGUACUACAACAGUGAAAAGCUCCAGCUUGUUAAGUGGUUUCAGAGGUGGUUCCAGUUACAAUCAUGAGACUGAAACAAUAUUUGCAUUACCAAGAAUGCAGCUGGAUUUCAAAUCCAUUCAUGUUCAACAACCUCAGGAACCUUUAAUACAUGAUGCCAGUGCUAAGCCAAAGGUGGAAUGCAGUGUCGUAACAGAAUUCACAGAUCACAUAUGUGUAACCAUGGAUGCAGAAUUAAUAAUGUUCCUGCAUGACUUAGUUUCUGCUUAUCUUAAAGAAAAGGAAAAGGCAAUCUUUCCACCUCGCAUUUUGUUUAGUCGGCCAGGACAGAAAAGCCCCAUCAGUGUACUUGAUGAGAGUGCUACUGAAAAAGAAUUGGAAGAAAGUGUUACUUACACUACUGUGGAUUGGAGAGAAUUUAUCUGUAAUACCUGGCAUUUGGAGCCCACACUGAGAUUAAUCUCUUGGACUGGAAGAAAGAUUGAUCCAGUAGGUGUUGAUUAUAUUCUUCAGAAGCUUGGUUUCCAUCAUGCAAGAACUACUAUUCCUAAGUGGCUUCAGCGUGGAGUCAUGGACCCCCUGGACAAAGUCUUGUCAGUUCUCAUAAAAAAACUUGGCACUGCAUUACAGGAUGAAAAAGAAAAGAAAGGCAAAGACAAGGAAGAUCACUAAAAAUCCUAAAAUUAGGACGGCAGAGACUUUUUAAAAUUUUGUUUUACAACUGCAUAACUUUAAAACAAUUUACACUGAAAGAACCUAACAGCAUUUUUGCUGCUAUAUUUAAAACUUGAUCAAUAUUAUGAAUAACUUAUUGUGGAACAGGAUGCCAUUUUGUGUUCAGUCUAGCACUGCAUGACCAAUGUUGUGAAGAAAACUGUAAAACAACUGUUUUAUAUUUACAACUGUAUUAUGUGCAAUAUUCUGCAUCUCUGAGCAACAAAGUAACUGUGAAUUUUCGUAAAUUUAUCUUGCUGUAACACAGAAAACCCCUUUUGGAUUAUGUGAUUCCAUGAAUAGCUUUUUCUUGUCUGUGUAGAUUGUAUAAAUUCUUUAUGUAUAUAAUUUAUGGGACUGUGAUUGCUAUAGAGCUGUAUCAGUUUAAGUGUGUUCUACUUGAAAUAAAAAUUAAUA